AGAAAAAAAACAAAAGAAAAAAAACAAGCAGCAGCUACGUCUGAAUGCUAAGUUGUUAACGCGCUUAGACACCCUCCGAGCAAGUCAGGUAGAAAAACGUUAUAUUAUAUUCAUUAUAUUAUAUUUUGAUUUUGUCUGGUAACGUUACCAUACUGGCGUAAUCUAAAAUUUUGACAUUAGCUUAAUAGCUUAGUUGAGUAAACUAGCUCGUCAUGUGAGGGUGAAGAUAAGCAAUUAUACAGUUUGGGAGGGAGCCGCCCACAGAUGUAUGAACAUAAAGACCCACCACAGAGGCAGCAGUCAAGAGGAGGCGAAGGAGGAACAACUGCCCAAACCAGGACCAGAAGAAGGUCCGGAUCAGACACGAUGGGUGCUACCAUGGGACCGGUUCUGCACUGGAUCCACGAUGUGGCAUCUGUCACACUCCUCAAAGCCCGACGGACUUUAUUUCAGGCUGCCAUCCUGUUUUGUGUCCUGGUUCUGCUACUCUGGGUGUCCAUCUUUCUCUAUGGGAGCUUCUAUUAUUCCUACAUGCCCACUGUGAGCUUCUCCACCCCAGUGCACUUCUACUACAACUCUGAUUGUGAUACCUCAGAGUCAUCACUCUGUUCAUUUCCCACUGCCAACAUCUCUUUCAUGAAGAAUGACAAGGACCAAGUGAUGGCUAAUGGUCAGCCUUAUCGAGUGUCUCUGGAUUUAGAGAUGCCAGAGUCUCCGGUGAAUGAACACCUGGGUAUGUUCAUGGUCAAGAUGUCUUGUUACACAAAAGGUGGGAAGACUGUCUCGUCAGUGGGCCGAUCUACAAUGCUGCAUUACCGCUCCAGCCUUCUGCAGACCCUGAGUACUUUACUGUUCUCUCCUUUCCUUCUGACUGGGAUGGCUGAGCAGAAGCAGCUCAUAGAAGUUGAGCUCUUCUCCGACUACAAGACAAAUGCUUAUCAACCCUCUGUUGGUGCUGUCAUUGAGAUCCAGUCCAAACGAGUGCAGAUCUACUCCUCUCAACUACGUAUCCAUGCUUACUUCACUGGUAUACGAUAUGUUCUGUACAACUUCCCCCUGACGUCUGCAGUGAUCGGCGUGGCCACAAACUUUGCCUUCCUCAGUGUCAUCGUGCUGUUCAGCUACCUGCAGUUCAUAUGGGGCGGCAUCUGGCCUCCAGACCAAGUCAGAGUCAGGGUUAUGAUGGGAGACAACACCCGCAUCCAGCAGAGGAGAGAGGAGGCCCGGAAGCGCAUGGAGAGGGAAAGCUCAUACAAGGAACUUGCUCCUCAAGCGAUUGGAUCUGUGAAUGAGGCAUCUGACUUCAAGGGGAAUGACUCGGUGUCAGAGCCGUCGCCAAAGAAGCCAUCGGAAAUGCCAGAUGCCCCUGGGGAUGAUGCGGCAGAUGCCAAGGAAGAAGCGUCUCAUGACUCCUCUCAUGAGGAGAAAGAUGGCUCAGACGUGUUGAAUGAAGGCCAGCUGCCUGCCCAGGGUGAGACAGCACUCAGGCAGAGACCUGGACCAUGGAUGAGCCUGUGAACCAUGCCGCUGCGCACAAUAAAGGCACCUAUAGUAUAUGCUCUAUGACCCAUCACUCUUCAGCAGCUUGAACAUGAUGUGGCAGAUAUUAAUUGACUCUAGCAAACCCACUGUUUGAGUCAGCCUAAAUUCACAUGCAUGAGAAACUAAUGCCUGUGUUGCUUUAGCUAACAAAUACUGCUUAUUGUCUUGUGUUGAGAACACUUUACCUCAUUUUAACACUGACCUCUUCUCAUUUCGUUUGCUUAUGCAGUCUUAUGUUUAGAUUUCUUAGUUUAAUGAUGUCUAUAGCAGGAGAUUCUACAUUCCAGUGCUGGCUUGUCCAACAGUAUACCUAGAGGAAUGUGGCAUUACCAAUAGGUGUUAGCAAACAUUUUAACACACCCUUUUAAAGUCAAUUGAACCUGUCCAUGUUUUACUGCUGUACUGCUAUAAGGUGGCAUUUUGUCACAUCACGGCCAGCCUGCUAUAGCUGAAUGUUCACAUCAUGGCCAAAGG